AACAGCCGGAUCCGAACGGUGGCUCCGGAACAGUUGGAAGUGGGAGAUGGAGGAGCCGGAGAAACCCGCGCAAGUUGGGCAGUCGCUACCUCCGGUUUACAUCUAUAGUCCCGAGUAUGUCAGCAUGUGCGACUCGCUGGCCAAGGUCCCCAAACGGGCCAGUAUGGUACAUUCUUUGAUUGAAGCAUAUGCACUGCAUAAGCAAAUGAGGAUAGUUAAGCCAAAAGUGUCCUCCAUGGAGGAGAUGGCCACCUUCCACACCGAUGCCUAUCUGCAGCAUCUCCAGAAGGUCAGCCAAGAAGGAGAUGAUGAUCAUCCAGACUCCAUAGAAUAUGGGCUAGGUUAUGACUGCCCAGACACUGAGGGGAUAUUUGACUAUGCAGCAGCUGUAGGAGGGGCUACAAUUACUGCUGCCCAAUGCCUGAUGGAUGGAACGUGCAAAGUAGCAAUUAACUGGUCUGGAGGGUGGCAUCACGCAAAGAAAGAUGAAGCAUCUGGUUUUUGUUAUCUCAAUGAUGCUGUCCUGGGAAUAUUACGAUUGCGACGGAAAUUUGACCGUAUCCUCUAUGUGGAUUUGGAUCUGCACCAUGGAGAUGGUGUAGAAGAUGCCUUCAGUUUCACCUCCAAAGUCAUGACCGUGUCUCUGCACAAAUUCUCCCCAGGAUUUUUCCCAGGAACAGGUGAUAUGUCUGAUAUUGGCCUAGGGAAGGGACGGUACUACAGUGUAAAUGUGCCCAUUCAAGAUGGUAUACAGGAUGAGAAGUAUUACCACAUCUGUGAAAGUGUACUAAAGGAGGUAUACAUAGCCUUUAAUCCCAAAGCAGUAGUCUUACAGCUGGGAGCUGAUACAAUAGCUGGGGAUCCCAUGUGCUCCUUUAACAUGACUCCAGUGGGAAUUGGCAAGUGUCUUCAGUACAUCCUUCAGUGGCAAUUGGCAACACUCAUUUUGGGAGGAGGAGGCUACAACCUUGCCAACACGGCUCGAUGCUGGACAUACUUGACCGGGGUCAUCCUAGGGAAAACACUAUCCUCUGAGAUCCCAGAUCAUGAGGUGAGAUGUAAUAUGUAUCUCAGAAAAACCAUUUAAUGUGUCUAGACUACAAAUAGAAGGUGCACUAUAAUUUGAGACAAUUUGCUGGUAUCAGGGUUAAUAGAAACCUCUUUUCUUGACUUGGCUUACCUUUAUUCAGUAUUUGGAAGCUUUAUGAAAUAUAAAGAUAAGCACUGUGAAUAAAUAACAGUCACUGUAAUUGCUAUGGGAAUAUCUCAGAUCGCAUUAUAAUUUAAAGCACUGGGAAUUUAAAGGCUGCUCAAGUUAUGUCAAAAAGGAGUUUUAAGCUGUAGAAGCCUGGAGUGAGAGUAAAUGUUCUGUUCCUAGGAAGCAAUAGUAAAUCCAUAGAUUCAUCUGUGUUCAAAGGUUGAUAAAAUUUUAAUAAAGGUGAAUACUGCCUCUGGUACCUGAAAAGCUAUGUGCCUGAAUGGAUAUGGGCUUGGCCUUAGAUAGCAAUUUUCUGUCUUUAUAUUAAAACAUUCAGCAAGAUUAAAUGAGAUAUAAAAUAUGCCAAGUACCUAGCACAGUUUCUGGCACAUAAUAGGCACUUCUGAAAUGCAAGUCCCCUCUUUUCCCUUUGCAUGUGCCUAGAUACUUUUUCCCAGACAUAUUCACUGUCAUUCAUAAAUUUAUUCAAAUCCUUUUUAAAUCCCUUCUGUCAUAUCCUUCUGGUAUAAGACAUCAUCCAAGAAGGAACAAAGAAGAAAAUUGAAAUGACAAUCUUCAAGGUACAAUAAGAUAACACUUUAAUGAAAAUUGCCAAAAAUAGACUACUCAGUGUGUGUAGGCCUAUAUAAGUUUUAUGUCACAAUACACAGUUGCCCACAAAUAUCCUUGUGGUCUGCUGAAAUCAGAUCAACAAAUGGUAGAUCAAAAAAUAGUUAUUGAGCACCCAUUGUGUGCCAAGCACUCUGCUAGGUGUCUUGGAAGAUGCAAAAACAAUAAGACCUCAUCCCCUACCUCAAGAAGCUGGGGAAGGAGGGUGGUGUAAGUGCUGGGAGAUAUGCAAAUAUACAAAUACUAAUAAUACACAGCAGAAUAAGAAGUGUAAGAUAGUAGGAACAACGACUAUGCUCAUGUGCAUCAAAUAUAAAGGAGAUACAAAGGAUUACACAAAAUACCCUGCCCUCUAGAAGCUGAAAAUAUAAUUGGUAAAACUAGUAGGUGAAAAGUUCAAGACAUUGCAGCAGUCAGCUGCAGCUUGGCUGACCCCCUCACUGUCUCCAGUCUCAUUCUUGGGCUUUUGUAUUUCCUUCUCCUAGAAUAAUAAUUCCCCUCCUCCAAAUGCCCGUUCCUUACCUCUCUACCAUCUUCCUAGGCUUGACUGCAAGGCCUGUGCCUUUCAAAAGUCCUUACCUAAAUACAACAAGCCCCUUUGAACCCUUCCUUUGCAUCCAUUUAUCCCUUCAUCUGUUUAACAAAUAUUCACCGGGCCCCUACUACUUGCUAGGCCCUGUUCAGACCUGUAUUCAGAGAUACAGAGUCAAAAUAAACCCAGUGCCCCCCAUAAAGCUCACAAGGUGACAAACAAAUGUGACAAAACAAUGUGCUCAGUUCCAGGACAGAGGGGCAUAGGGAAAAUAUUUUACCGAGACUUUGAACUGAAUCUUGAAGGUAAGUUUGGAGUUUGUCAGGUGAAAAAGAGGAAAAAGGCCAUUCUAGGUAGAGGGAACAGAGAUUGGAAAGGACCUGCUGCCUCAUAGAACCAGUGAGAAGUUUAGAUAUGUAUAGAACAUAUCAGAGAGAGUGGGAAAGAUUAACGCUUGAAAGGAAAUUGGGGCCAGAUUAUAAAGGGCCUGGAAUGCUGUGCUAAAGAGCUUAUACUUUUUUCUAUGAAAACAGAUGAGCUUUGGUUUUUAGAAAGAUCACUUGGUAGUGCGGAAGAUAGAUUGAAAAGGGGAGAGACUUGAGAAAGGUUAAGAGGUCCUAGUACAUGCCUAUGAAAUUUAUAGUCCGUGCCACUCAUUUGGUCAUCUGUGCUUUGGUU